AUGUCCGAGUCGAAGCAAGCCGUAGACGGCUCAUCAUCAUCCUCAAAUCCGACAAAUGAGUCCAGAUCAUCCUCGGUUCUUGCCGCAACUGGGAAACAGCUCUUACCCUUUGUGAUUGGAGGAGGUUCGGGCAUUGUAGCAACAACAUGUGUUCAACCAAUAGAUAUGGUCAAGGUCCGACUGCAGCUGCUCGGUGAAGGAGCUGCAGGAAAAGGACAAUCGCCAUUAGCCGUAGCCCAAAAGAUCGUAGCCGAAGAUGGUUUCCUCAGCUUGUACAACGGCAUCUCAGCCGCCUGGCUCCGUCAAGCAUCCUACGCAACACUCCGUUUAGGCUUCUUUGAUCGCUUUCUCGCCUUCGCAACAAGUCGAGCCGAACAACAAGGCCGCAGUGUAGGCUUCAGCGAACGCGCAAUGGCAGGCUUAUCCGCAGGAGGUCUCGCAGCAGCAAUCGCCAAUCCAGCAGAAGUCGCUCUGAUCCGCUUGCAAUCCGAUGGGAUGAAGCCGCGAGAACAGCGAGCGAAUUAUCGAUCCGUGGUUGAUGCAUUGACGAGAAUCGCCAAAAGUGAAGGCAUCACUGCGCUUUGGUCAGGUUCCUAUCCGACGAUUGUGAGGGCGAUGGCGACGAACUUCGGGCAAUUGGCGUUUUUCUCCGAGUCGAAGCAUCAACUGAAGCAGAGGACUGCAAUGUCUGAUCGGAAUAUCACUUUCGCAGCAUCUGGUAUCGCGGGAUUCUUUGCGUCAUUCUUCAGUCUGCCAUUCGAUUUCUUGAAGACGAGGCUGCAGAGAGGCGGAUCGCAAUACAGUGGCAUGAUUGAUUGUGCUGUACAAGCGUAUCGGAAAGAAGGCCUGCUUCGCUUUUAUCGGGGUUUUGGGACUUACUUCUUCCGAAUCGCUCCUCACUCCAUCAUCACGUUAAUUGUGGCGGAUAAUGUGACGUCGUACAUGAAGCAGGCCGGACUGUUGUAG